AUGGAGGCUGAGAAGUUCUUGACUGUGGAUUUCAUCCCCCAACUCAUGUUCGGGAUCUUAUUUGCCAGCUUCGAAACUAUGUCAACCACUCUAACCCUUACACUCAAGUUUCUUUCGGAGAACCCUCAAGUAGUUGAGGAAUUAACAGCUGAACAUGAAGCGAUUCUGAGGAAAAGAAAAAAUCCAAACUACCGCCUCACAUGGGAGGAGUACCGAUCCAUGACGUUUAUACGAAUGAAAUUUCCAGGAUAUACCGUUCCAGCUGGCUGGACAGUAAUACUGGCUACCCUUGCUAUUCAGUUGAAUCCAAGAACAUUCAGGGAUCCACUCACAUUCAAUCCAUGCCGUUAG